ACUGCAAACAUAUAGACCAAUAGAACACCAUGACUUUAGCUACUGAAUUCGCAGAAACCACCCACCGUUCAUUGACAAAUGCGGAAUUAAGAAAAAGAGUGUUACAUUUAUAUCGUAAAUACAUGAGACAUUCUAAGGAUUUCAGUGAUUUAUAUGAAUUGGAUAUGCCAAUCUCCAACAUCAAGACCAAGAUCAGACAAGAAUUCGAAAGACAAAGGUUCUUGAACGACGUCAACGUCGCUAAUGUCGUUUAUGCUAAGGGUCAAAUGGAAUUCCAAGAAUUAAUUAACUUCUGGAAACAACAAUGUCAUGUAUUGAGAUAUUUCGAUGAACAAAGAGCCUAUGGUGUAGUUGACAAAAAUGACUUUGUUAAGAAUUUCUUGAGAGGAAAUUAAAUUGCAUAUGGUUAGUCAAUCUUGAAAAGUUGUAGGUUAUUAGCCAUGUUUCAUUUUGUAUGUUUUAUUUUAUGUUAGUUUUUAUUUAUCACAGGUUUAAUAUAUAUCUAG